AUGGCAUCUUGCGCCCCCAAAGUACCGCAGAAGCAUCACAUGGAUGCAAGGCUGAUCUCAAUCCUCGCCAGUGUUGUCAACGUAGCAGCAAACGUUACCCUUACUCUCGUCUCGACGAACUAUCCAGACUAUAUCCUCAAAGGCUGGCAUACAGUCCUGGUCAUGUACGCAUACCUGAUCGUGCUCGGACUGAUGAACAUGUACGUCUUCUGGAUCAUCCCGUGGGUCGAAUUCCUGGCUGGGUUGCUCCAUGUUAUCUUAUGGAUCGUAUUCGCCGCUGUGCUUCUGACGCUUGCACCGCGGCACUCGGCUGAAUUUGUCUUCCUCGAAAAGGCGAGUCUAUCUGGAUGGGACAGCGACUUCGUCUCUUUCAAUCUCGGGAUCAUAUUGAUAACCUGGGGCUUCGUUGGCUUUGAUGCCUCUGCGCACAUCUCGGAGGAGACACGGAAGGCUAGCUCUGCGAUUCCACGGGCCAUGUUCUGGUCCAUCUGCAUGAACGGCGUUCUGGCCUUCGCCAUGAUUCUCAUAUUCUUAACCUGCCUCGGCGACAUUGAUACUGUGAUGAGCGCAGCCUACCCGCUCAUGGCGAUAUGUCUGACAGCGACCAAGUCCGUGCCUGGUGCUUCCGCAAUGGUGGGAUUUUUCCUUCUUACCGUUGUCAGCGUCUCCAUCGGCUCGAUUGCAUCGGCUUCCCGCUUAACCUGGGCUUGGGCCAGAGACGGAGCCCUUCCUGCUUAUUUUGCAAAGGUGGAUCCCUACCACCGCAUACCGCUGCGAUCCGUGUGGCUACCGAUUCUCGUCGUUGCGCUGCUUUCACUCCUCAACCUUGCCAACUACACUGCCUUUAGUGUGAUCAUCUCGCUCUCGACAUUCGGUCUUUACCAGUCGUACUUCAUCGCCAUCUCAUGCAUGCUGUCUGCGCGGCUGUCAGGCCGCAUCGGAGAGGCUCCAUGGUCCCUCGGUCGAUUCGGAGUAGCCAUCAAUGCGUUCGCCAUCGUAUACAGCGCUUGGCUCGGCAUUUUUAUGGUCUUUCCCAAUUACCUUCCCAUCACCGCAGCCUACAUGAAUUACGCGUUGCCAAUCAACGCCCUUGUAUGGAUUGUGGCUAUAGUAAGCUGGUUCGCUUGGGCCCGGAAGAACUGGCAAGGCUUGGACAUCGAAAUCAUCGACAAAGUCGUUGCAGACGGAGACCGCGACACCAAAGAAUAG